AGCUGUUGCAGAUAGAGUUCACUUUCACACUCUUUAGUCUUGAACAGCUUUAAUGUUAGAUCUGUCUCUUACCUCGCUUCAAAGUCUCCUCUCCUUCACAUACCCUUCGAAUCCCCUCAAAAUCCAAUCCUCCACACUCUAAGAUCUCAAUGCCGUCUCCGAGUCCGUACACCAAGCGCCGCUCCGUCGCCGCGCCUCCGUCUGUGUCCCCUCGGUCGUCGAAAGGAGGUUUCUUCUAUAAGUCUGUCCUAUUCGCUCUGUUUCUCUUCGCCUUGCCUUUGUUCCCUUCUCAGGCUCCGGAGUUCGUCGGAGAGACAGUGCUGACCAAGCUCUGGGAACUGAUUCACCUCCUCUUCGUCGGCAUUGCUGUCGCUUAUGGUUUGUUUAGCCGCAGGAGCGUUGAAUCAUCACUUGAUUCGAGGAUGAGGAGCGGUGCAGUAGAUGAGUCUUCAUUGUCUUAUGUAUCUAGUUUCUUCUCGGUUUCCUCUGUUUUCGACGAGGAUUCUUGUGAUUUUAGGAGUGAUGAGAGUCGUUUGAUUCAUCACGUGAGUGCUCGAGCAUCUGUAGCUGAGAGAGAAUCUGAGUCGUUUAAUCAAGUGCAAGCUUGGAACUCGCAGUGUUACCAAGGGAGAUCUAAGCUUGUGGUGGUUGCUCGACCAGCUUAUGGUCUUGUUGAUGGUCGUGUUGUGCAUCAGCCAUUAGGCUUGCCGGUUCGGAGUUUAAUGUCGGCUUUGAGAGAUAACGCAGCUCCUGAGGACAGCUCUUGUGAUGAAGCUGUAAACGAGGGUUUUGAUGAGGUCGUGGCUGCUCCUCCGUCUCCACCUGUUGUUCCAUGGCAUUCUAGACCUGAAAUGAUGGCAAUGGGUGACAACUAUCUUUCAAAUUUUCAGCCUCUAUCAGUUGAUGAAACUCACUAUAGGACCUUUGAAUCAAGAUCUUCUCAGUCUACUGUUUCUUCUUCCUCUUCAUCAUCACGGACUAGCUUUGAGUCACAUACUCGGAACAGACUCGCGCCUUCUCGUUCUGUUUCUCAAGAGUCUUUAAACUCGAAUGUGGAUGAACCGGUUAAGGAGAAGAGUCUUGAGGGUUCAUCACGGUCUAGUUCCCCAUCUUUGCCCCCAUCUCCACCAUCAGUGACUGAUGAUACGCACAGCCUUGUCUUACAUUCUCAUCAUCAUAGUGAUGGUUCUUUGUUGGAGGAUCAUGUAAGGCAAGAAUUUGAAGAUGAAUUAGAGGGGAGUGACUUUAGAGGCAGAAGAACAGAGAAGAUCUUCAGCAACAAGGAACUGGGAUCUAAAUCACUGAAACCGACUGCUGAAAGUUCCCGGAAGGUGAAGAACAAAUCUCGCAGAUCAUAUCCUCCUGAUCACAUCUCAGCUCCCAUUACUGGUGCUGAUGAUUCCACUACUAGAAGGCGGGAACAUUUGCUUGAAGACAGUAUCAGGAAAGGAUCGGAAUCUGACCAUAACAAGCUGAGGGUCAAGAAGGGACCGAGUCUGUCUCCAUCUCCACCAUUAGUGAUUGAUGAUACACACAAGCGUGUCUUACAUUCUCGGCAUUAUAGUGAUGAUAGUUCUUUGUUAGAGGAAGAUGAAUUGGAGGUGAGUGGACUCAGAGGCAGAAGAACAGAGAUCUUCAGCAAGAAGGAGGUUGGAUCUAAAUCACUAAAACUGAUUGCUGAAAGUUCCCGGAAGGUGAAGAACAAAUCUCGCAGAUCAUAUCCUUCUGAUGCUGAUGAUUCCACAACUAGAAGGCGUGAUCUUGAGCACAAGAGUGAUGACCAUUUGCUUGAAGACAGUAUCAGUAAAGGAUUGGAGUUUGACCAUAACAAUCUGAGGGUCAAGAAGGGACGGAGUCAUGAGUCUUUGGAGCUAACAGCAGAAGCUUCAAGCCUGACCAUUCCUGCUCUGGAUGUACAGUUCCAACUACAGAACGCCAAAGCUUCAAGGCGUUCUUCAAGAGGGGGCCGUGACACUUUACCGGUGAAAGACAUCAAAAGAAACCCAGAUGUGGAUCUAGAUCUAGACAAGCCUAGAAAGAAAGAUAUUCCUAGUGAUAACAAGGAAGCGAAAUCAAGUAGUCUGAGACGUGAACCACAAUCUUGGAGAGGUUCUAGUAAAGUUUCAUCUAGAGGGAAGUCUGUGAGGACCAUUAGAUCUGAUCGACAUGGAAAACAUCUAAAGACAGAUGGAGAUUCUUCAUCUCAUGACCGGACACAACCUAAAGCAGAAGGCCACGGAAGAACAAAACCAAGAAAACAAUGGAAAGAAGAACUAGCAAUUGUGCUACACCAAGAGAAGCUUCCAGAAACUCACGCUAAAUCAGAGCCAGAAGAUGAUGAGGAAGAAGUUACUGAAAAGACUAAGGUAGAGCAACUUCAACUAACCUUAGAGGAAGAAGAAGCUGCUGCUGCUGCUUGGGAAAGCCAGAGCAAUGCAAGCCAUGACCAUUACGAAGUUGAUAGAAAAGCUGAUGAGUUCAUAGCCAAGUUCAGAGAACAGAUUAGGUUGCAGAAACUUCAUUCCGGUGAACAACCUAGAGGAGGUGGUGGUGGCAUUGGCAUUAUCAGAAACAGCCAUUUCAGAUGACACACUCACCCAUUGCUUCAUUACUUGUAUUAUUGUUGUAAUAUGAUUGAUCCAGAUGUUGUGAUAUAAUACAUCUGUGGACUUAUUAUGUUUAUUUUAUCUCCUGAGAUUUUCUGUAAUAAUAACAACAACACAAUC